AAUCAAGCUCCGGCCAAGGAAAAUAUGUACUAAUUAUUUUAUGCAUGGCACUAUCUGUAUUAUGCUCUUUGAAUAUACAGCGCUCAUAAUGGCCAAAGUUUAUUAUAAAACUAAUGGAAACCUUAUUGCACUCGGAGGAAUUCAUUUCUUAUUUGGAAUGAUCUGUUGGAGCUUUAUUCAAACUGUAUUCACUGAUCCUGGAGAAGUCCCUGCCUUCUGGGGCUUUAGGAAGGGUGAUCCUGUGAGUAGAAGGAAAAGAUACUGACUCAUUUGUAAUGUAUUCAAACCUGAGCGUUGCCAUCACUGUAGUACAUGUAAUAGAUGAGUGUUGAAUAUGGACCAUCACUGACCAUGGAUUAGUAAUUGAAUUGGAUUUUGGAACAGAAAGUAUUUUAUCCUCCUUCUAUUCUAUGUGAUUCUCGGCAUGUAUUCAUAUGUCGUUUAUAUGGCAAACGAUGUAUUCUUUGUGGGGAAAGACAUUUAUUUAUUUAUAAGCAGCCAGAAGGACUCAAUAGAUCUCAGCAAGACGUUAAUAAUAAUACUCUCUUUCUUAUUAUCCCUUUGAAUUUGAUUCAUAAUGACAACUUUCUUUAAGUUUCAUUUAAUGUUGAUCAUGGAGAAUAAGACCACUAUAGAAUGAAUAGCAAAGGAGCAUAAGCCAUUUAACUCAGUGUAUGACAUUUCUCUUCAGCAUAACAUACAGCAAGUGUUUGGUAAAUAAUGUGUGGUUGUAUCUUCUUCCUAUCAGUACAAAAAGCUCAAGACCCACUAGGAAUGGAAUUUUAUGGGUUACUAAUAUUAAUAGAGAAGCUGAUCAGUCUAAGGAUAUCAAGGAAUAUGAAAACCCUGUUUCAUCAUCAGUAAAAGAAGAAGUUACAAAAUAUAAAACUCCAGAAAAGAGUAAAGUUGAUGAUACCCUUACAAUGCAUACAACUGACAUGAUGUCCAUACUUAAGAGUAGUGUGAUAAAGCCAAGGAGCGAUGUUAAUACAAGCUCUCAGGUGCUACACCCUAAGACUUUGAAAAGAAGAAGUGAUUUGUAGGCCUAAUUAAUUUCUAUUUUCAUUAAAC